UUGAAUUGUGAAGACAACAUAAGUGAACUUGGGAAUUGGAUAAUCAGAAAUCAAACAGAGGCAACCAGAAGGAACAGUGGAAUGCGAAGAUGAGACAUAAUCUCAACUGACACGGAAACACCCAAACGUCACCAUGACAACAACAACGAUGGACACCCCUGCGCUCAAUGAUGACAUUGUUGAAGGAGUACACCACCUCCUUAACUCCUUCUCUGUCAAUCCCUCGCUCCCUCCCUCCUGCAGCAUCGACGAGUCCUACAAGUACAUUUUCCUCCCUCUGUGCUACUCCUUCACCUUCCUCUUCUCAAUCUCCCUCAACUUUAUCAUUCUCUGGCGUUCCUUCAGACGCACCAAGCGUUGGAACGCCUCCCUCAUCUACAUGGUCAACCUAGCCUCCACAGACUUCAUGUACGGGUUGUCACUCCCCUUCCUGGUGGCUAGCUAUGUGAUGCGUGACCAAUGGAUCUUUGGGGACUACAUGUGCCGAUUGGUCCGCUUUCUGUUCUAUUUCAACCUGUAUUGUUCUAUAUUCUUCCUGACGUGUAUAUCUGUCCAUCGCUACCUGGGGAUAUGUUACCCUAUGAGGACCAUCACACUGGAGACUAAGAGAGCGGUCAAGGGGACGUGUGUGUUGGUGUGGGGGGUCGUCUUCGCUCUUACGUGCCCCAUAUUCCGGUUUGCCCAAACGAGCCACGUGAUGAGAGGUGUAGGGGGAGAGGCUAUGGCGAUUACCAGUAAUAACACUGGCACCGUUAGUAGUAACGGUACUGGGGAGGUGGAAACAUAUCAGAACUGUUGGGACGAUGCCAUCGAUAAGGAGUUCCAAGACUAUGUUCCAUAUGGAAUCAUCCUACAUCUUCUAGGGUUCUUUCUCCCGUUCUCUAUCAUCGCCUGGUGCUACUCACAUGUGGUUCUGACAAUAUUCCGGACCCUGCGCUCCCAGCCCCAGUCACAGCGAGGCAGAGGAGAGGGGGGUGGAGGACGUGGAGGAGGAAUGAGAGGGAAUGGAGCUGGAGUUGUAGGAGGAGGAGGACUUCAGGGAGGAGGAGAGGGGAUAUCGAUAGUUCUCGGCGCCCACUCUCCAUACGCCCACCGACGGCGUAAAUCCAUCAAGACCAUCAUCACCAUCACACUCCUCUUUGCCCUCUGCUUCUUCCCAUUUCAUGUCACCAGGACUAUCUUCCUCAUCCUGAAAGUGAAGAAAGGUGUCCCGUGCCACACCAUGACGAUGGUAUCCAUGUGUUAUAAGAUCACCCGACCGCUGGCGUCUUUCAAUGCCUGGCUCAACGCACUCCUCUACUUCCUCACCAAGGAGAAAGGGGGUGGCGCCCCCUGUUGCCCACCGCCAGACUCUACUGCAGCCAACCAGCAGCAUGGGCUCCUCUGGCCACUGAGGAAGCUGGGAAGAGCGGGAGAUGAGGAGGAGGGGGGCGACAGGGGCGAGAAGGGGGGCAUGGUCAAUAACAAGGGUAACAACAAAGAGACGAAUAAAACGGCUGUACAUUUAUUCAGAGGGAUGACCAAAUCCAAGGUCAGAUAUACUGUGGAAUAA